UGUUUUAGUGAGUCAUUUUCAUGUAAUACAUGUAAGCUAUCCCUGAGAAAAUGAAGAGCUAUUUUCCGGAAGGUUUUAUAUGGUAGUCAGGUUAUGAAGGCAUGUAAGUAUAGUUUUUCAGGAAGAAGACAUUUCAGCUUAUGUCAUCUAAAUAUGAAACUAGUAAGCUCGUUAUGGCUAUUCGCCUGUGUUAUGUGCUUGCACGCCUCAUUUCACGCAAGGAAACAAAGUCGGUGCAUGGAGCCGCCAGUCGCUGGCUCCUGUCGAAAUUUUGUUGUCGCCUGGUAUUACGAUUAUAGGAAACAAUACUGCAAAAUUUUCCUCUAUGGAGGCUGUGGCGGCAACGAAAACAAGUUCUCCUCUGAAAUGAGCUGCCAGCAAGUGUGCCUGCCGGAAAAGGUUCCAAAACGAUACUGUGGUGCUCAGCCAAUACUUUCGCCAUGCGCCGGCGGUACGCAGGAUUGGUAUUUUCAUCCUCAUCGAAGGAUCUGCCUCCCAUAUCCUACUGGUCGCUGCGGAAAAAAAGAAAACAACACGUUUAAAUCAUGUGUUGAAUGCAUGAACAGAUGCACUGCUCAGGAUGCGAAAACCAAACAAGCCCCUAUUCAGCCAGAAAUGUGUUCCAAGCCAUGGGAUCGUGGACCCUGCAAUGCAAAUGUGAGCUAUUGGUAUCAUGACAAUAAGUAUCAUGAAUGCAAGAUGUUCAAGUAUGGAGGUUGUCGGGGAAACAGCAACCGCUUCUGGACAGAAAAAAAAUGUCUAGAGCGGUGUGAACCUGAAGAAAGAAGAAAACUUGUUUGCAGCGUAAAUCCAGAGCCAAAGCCAUGCAAUCGACUUUUGAGAUGGUGGUUCUUCAAUCCCAUAAAUAAUACUUGCCAUCAGUUGCCACGAGGGUUGUGCCCAAGUACCCCCAAUAGCUUUCUACUGUGCGAAAAAUGCAUGAGGAGAUGCAGUGCGGAAAAUGCAAGGGAAUCAUGCAGUAGAGAGUACAAGCGAAUGGAAGAUGAGAAGAAUGAUGUGAAACAAGGAUUAAUACCUGUGUUAGUGGCAGGCCCUGCAGGGACUCCGCCCGGCCUGCCUUUAUCUGGAUCUGGGUUACCAGGAGAGACACUCAUUCCAGAAGGAGCGACACAAGGGUCCCCAGUACAACUACCUGGCCCAGUAGCGAAUGUGCCUAGCUUACCAGUAUUAACAUCUGCUUUCCCAGGAGUGACACCCGAUGUAGUAGGACCAACUGGGCCGGGAGCAAACACUAUAGGGUCACUGCCCGUCAUAGUUGAACCUCCACAUCAGACGGCUGGGCACGGACAGAGACUUCCCGCUGCUUUACCUGCAAUUCCUGGAAACGCAGGUGGAGCGCCUCAUGCUGCAUCCGGGCCAGAUAGCUCGGAAAGUGGCAGUCAUCAUCCGGUAAUUAUACUCGCUGUGGUGAAGCGUGUGAAAACUGAUACUGGGUCUGAGGAUACUAUGCAGGAGACUGGAAUGGGUGCCCAGUCAGGUAAUAUAACGAACGAUGUUAACGGAAUCAAAGGGCAAGCACAUGCGUUGCCAGGGCUGAAAUAGUUCUCUAUCUUUAGAGGCUAUGCGGAGACAUUUAAUGCUUCUCUGUUCAGUAUUUGUAAUCGAUUUUGUGGAAAGGGCGUGGAAAAAAGAAGUAUAUAUAUAUAUAUAUAUAUAUAUAUAUAUAAGCAAAAAUUUAUUAUUUUUGCUUUGAUGUAUGCUCACUGAAGCUCUAUUACAAUUGCCAAAGGCAGUGCAGUCCAUUAAGAGUAUAGAUUAUCGCUCUUUUCGUUACGUAUCGAGUAACGAAAAGCCUUGCAGUUAUCACGAAAAAAAAAACAAUAAAAUAUUUCACGAGAAAUC